AAAAAAAAAGAAACAUGUCAUGUAUGUGCGCAAACUGCAAACACUAAAUAAAACCAUACAGUCAUACACAACCACACACGACGUGACGUCGCGACGACGUAGAAAUCAACAGAUCAGUUUGAUGAAGUUGACUGUGUGGAGAUAACAAGCAAAUCUGCUUGUGCUACACCAGUGUUCAUUUACUCAUGUAAGGGCGUGCAGAGGAUCCCACGAAUUGUGCGGCAGUGAAAAUUUAAUUUUUUUUAGUCGACAAAAGCGGUCGGGAGUUUUAUUGUGCUUUUGUUCUUUCGUCCUUUCGUCGUUCUUGUGCGUAUCCUGAUCAUUUGGUUCAACGGUUCGAUAAGUUCCCAGGAUGAACUGCAGAUAAAAUGUCCUUAUCGUGAAUUGAAAAUCUUGGAUUAUUUCUCAGCUUUGUGUCUCUCUCACACCAGCUCAUAAUGUGACGGAAUUAUUCAUCAAUGAGUAAAUUGCACUCCUACUUCGGAGAGUUUGAGUGACACACACAGGCGGCCUUUUAAGUUUAAAUAAUAUAUGCGCGUCUGUGUGACACUUUAACUAUUAUUAAUUAUGCCAAUUAGACUACAUAAAAGUCUCGUGCCGUCCAGGUGCUCCAGUAACAGCGGAACACAAGGAUGCUACGAGAUCAGUUGAGGGACGUUUCAUCCUGGAUGGUUCAUCUGUAUCCGGAGCCAUUCGAGGGAGCCAAUAAAGGGGACACUUUCAAAAUGUUUAGCUCAAAAGUAAGCGGACCAACAUGCAAAUUUUACACAGAUCUUUUUGGCGACGAUGAUGAGUCUUCUCUUCCUGAGAACAAUUCUGGGGAUAAUCCUGAGAACAAUAUAUCUCAAACCUCAAGUCGAAACUCUCACCUGCUAGAACAGCAAAGUGGAACCAGUGAAGAUGGAAAUUCACAAGAUUCGGAUUCUGCAGGGUUUCCUGAGAACCAGAAUUUACCGAAAGAUCCCUGUAACAGGAUCGCUAGGCUUCAUAGUUGUCCCAGAUUCCAAUCGUUUCUCGUCACAACCUCAAGUUCCACAAUUUGCACCGAAGUUAGAACUGAGGAAACUUCUUCCGAAUCUUCCUUCGUCCAAGUUUCACACAGCGUUCUGGAAUACAGAAAUAGCAGGUAUAAGGCUGCAGAAAGGAGUUCUCACCAGUUCGUAUUAGAGGACUUCGCAGAGAGCGAGUCGGAAAGUGAGGAAGAGUCAGAGGAGAACCGAUCAUCCGAACCAGAAAUCGCAACGAUUGCCGAUGAGUUGGAUAAUUCAGCGAAGCAAAAAUUGCCCGAAAAAAGUGAGCAUCUCGCCUCGAAGAAAAAGAAAGCUCACCAGGUGGCUGAAGAAUUACUAGCCACUGAGAAAAAGUACGUCAGUAUUCUCCACCUGAUCGACCAAGUAUUUCAAUUUAGAGUCGACCAGGAAAACAGAGCGCAUCCGAUGUUUCCGCCAGAAACGGUGCAGCACAUGUUCUCCAACAUCAAGUCCAUUUACAAAUUUCAUAAUGACUUUCUUCUGCCGCAACUCGAGGAGAGAAUGAAGUCCUGGGACGCAAAUCCGAGAAUUGGAGAUAUAAUGAAGAAUUUUGCACCCUUUCUGAAAAUGUACACCGAGUAUGUUAAGAAUUUCGACGAUGCGAUGAAUCUUAUCCAUAAUCUUCAAUCCAAAGUUCCUAAGUUUGCCGCAAUUAUUAACGAGAUUCAGAAACUAGAGGAAUGUGCGAGAUUGACUUUGUCACAUCAUAUGCUGAGUCCGAUUCAAAGGUUGCCCAGAUACGAACUUCUUAUCAAAGAAUAUUUGAAGAAUCUUUCGAGGGAGAAUCCUGAUUAUGAAGAUACUAAAAAAGCCUUAGAACUGGUAUCAACAGCUGCAAAUCACACGAACGAAGCCAUGAAAAAAAUUUACAAAUUCAAGAAGCUUUUGGAGAUUCAAGAAAGUAUUUAUGAUUCUACGGAUCUAGUCAGUGCCACUCGCGAGCUCGUGAAGGAAGGACGCAUUGUGAAAAUAUCUGCAAGAAGUGGAGAUCAUCAAGAAAGAUAUUUGUUUCUAUUUAGCGAUAUACUUCUGCUUUGCUCUUUGAGGCUCAUACCGGGACCCAUGUAUCGCCUAAGGGCUAAAUUUUUGGUCGAGAACCUUCAAGUAAUGGAGGGAGACAAUUUGGAGACUGCUAAUACGUUUUAUAUAAGAGCCGCUAAUAAAAACAUAGAAUUGUACACCGACUCCGCAGCGGAAAAGGAUGCCUGGGUCGAUGCUCUUCUUGAAACUAGGCACGAAAUCUUGAGACGAAAGGCGAGUCUAAAAACUGGAGAAGAGAAAACUGCUUUUGUGAAAACUGACGAUGUUACUAGGUGCAUGGUUUGCGAAGCAUUGUUCUCGGUUAUGAAGAGGAAAUAUAAUUGCAGAGCCUGUGGAAUUGUCGUUUGCAGCAAAUGCUCGAAGCAAAGACUAUUGUUUGAAGAAAAUAAACAUAUGAGAGUCUGCAGACUGUGUCACGCUGCUUUAACACAGCCUCUGACAAAGUCGCCUUCCUCUCCACCAGGCCCAGGCCCUAGUUUACUCCAGGUGUCAGCCGGUGCUCCUUCAGUUCUCUCUGGUUACUUGCUCCUGAAAACCCAAGCAAGCAAACCUUGGACCAGAAGAUGGUUCGCUCUCCACGUGAAUUUCGUCCUUUACACUUUCAAAUCACAUUCGGAAAAUAUUGCAAUGACGGCGACUCCUUUGCCAGGCUUUACAGUUACAGAGGGCUCAGAAUUGCCAGGCGAAGAUCCCCUGAAUACCAAAGAUCGAAAAGGAACCUUCAAGAUUCACCAUUCUAAGAAAUGCUACUACCUCCAAGCUCCUUCUCAAGAAAGAUUAGAGGGGUGGGUGCAUGCGUUAAAACUGGCCACAAUGGCUGAGCUACCUCAAGAACAUGAAAUGGAGGAGAGAAACGAGAACAAAAUGGAGGAGAAUGGCGAAAACAAGACGGAGGAGAGUAGGGAAAACAUGACGGACGAGAGUGGGGAAAACACGACGGAGAAGAGUAACGGAAACAAAAACGAAGAGAAUAAUGAAAACCAAAAAGAAGAGAAUAACGAAAACGCACAAGAUCAGUCACAAAGUCAAUCGCUAGACCAUAUACAGUAAAUCACUUUUGUAACGUAUUUACCUUGUCUAGCUAAUUUUUACAUAUCGCCCUCGCAAUAACAUUAAAGACAUUGUAAGAUAACUGUUGGUACACCUAAGUAUUGUUAACUUAUGUUUUAUAUAGGCUAUAAUUACUGUAUAGGAUUUUUUUGGCGAUGGACGAUCUACGUAUUAAUUGUAGCAUGCCGUUUGUACCUACUUAUAUAUCUGUUAGUUUGAUAAAUUCCCUUUUUCACUGCAAUUUGUACUCUGCGAUGAGAAAUCAAUGGCUGCACUUCGUACAAAGAUUUUUAGGAAUAUAGCUGAUGUGAUUUUUUAAACAUGCGUCUACUGCUGUAUUUGUCGCCAAAAACUUUCUGUGAUCGAGUCAUCUGACUAUCGCUGUCUAAGCGCUUGUUGUUUUUGUAAUAUUGUGUUAUAAUAUAUUUAAAUAUAUAUGUAGUUCGAUCACCGGAUGCUAGACUGUCCAUAAUUUAUAUAUGAGAUGUCAGAGUUGAUUGAAUGUUCCGAGACGCAAAUCUUUCGCUUGAAUGCUUACGUUAGCUAAUUGUAAGUCUGAUGAAUUGUGACGAUCGAGUUUAUUGGAAACCUGCAUGGAGCAUUUAUCGUGAUUUUUACAAUAAAUUCGUUCAGUCUUUAAA